AAUAAUAUCCACUUCUCCCGUCCUCGGUCGAGCUGAGCAUCUCUCCGGCUGUCCCAUUCUCUCUGGUCUCCGCCGACCUGAUCGAUCGGCUUCUCUCCGCCCAAACCGAGCAGGAGCAGCAUCGGCAACAACUUUCCCCUCUCCACUGAGCCUCUUCUCCAUCCUCUUCCCCGUCAACGACGGCACAGACAGGAAGUGACGCCCUCCCCUUGUCCUCACAACCUUCCCCGCCCAGAUCCGGUGGUGGGGAGCUCCGGAAGGCAGCCUCCGGCCACGGCAACGGCUGCUUGCUCUCACUCAUUAAAGCAGCAAGCUUACCAAGCUCGUGGGCAUGGGAGGGGUGUUGAACCUGCUGCUCGGCAAGCUCACCACGCUGCUCAGCGAGGGGUACAAGAUGCUCACGGGGGUGAGGAGACAUGCCUCCUUCCUCAAGGACGAGCUCAGCGCCAUGAAAGCUCUCCUUGACAGGAUGGAGCUCAUGGACAAGCUUGAUCCCUCGGCUAAGAAUUGGAGGGACCAUAUAAGAGAGAUGUCCUAUGAUAUGGAGAACUGCAUCGAUGAUUUCACGCACGACAUCGAAGGUACCUAUGUAAAGGCAGGCUUUGUGAGAAAGAUGGUUCAGCGUCUUAGGAGGUUGGGGAGGCGUCAUAAGAUAGCGAAGAGGAUCGAGGAGCUCAAGGUUCUUGCAGUGGAAGCAAAUGCUCGACGUGAGAGGUACAAGGUUGAUGAUUGCAUCAAUUCGAGUCGUGGCGUUGUGGUUGUGGAUCCCCGGAUGUCGGCGAUCUACAAGGAUGCGGCAUGCCUCGUAGGUAUAGAUGGCCCAAAAAAAGAGCUUAUCAGUUGGUUAACUGAUUCCCAGAAGAGACUCAAAGUGGUUUCUAUUGUGGGGUUCGGAGGUUUGGGUAAAACUACACUUGCAAAACAAGUAUACAAUGAGAUUGGAGGGCGAUUUAAUUGUAAGGCAUUUGUUUCGGUCUCCCAAAGACCUGAUAUGAAAAGCCUUCUGGGUGGCCUACAAUUCAAGCUUGGACUGGAGGAGUCUUCUCAUGCUCACGAGCUGCAAGACUUCAUUGACCGACUUAGAGAACACCUCAAACAUAAAAGGUACUUCAUUUUAUUGGAUGACUUGUGGGAUCAAUCGACAUGGAACAUUAUUAGUUGUGCCUUUCCGGAAAAUGGUAAUGGAAGUAGAGUAAUGGUAACCACACGAUUAGAUGAGGUAGCUGCCAGGGCGUGUCACAAUGACCGUGCCUGCAUUUACAUAAUGAAGCCCCUUGAAGAGGAAGACUCAAGGAGAUUAUUUUUUAAUAGGGUAUUUGGGUCUGAAAAUGUCUGCUCGGUACAAUUCAAAGAAAUUUCAGUUGAAAUUCUCAAGAAGUGUGGCGGAUUGCCACUUGCAAUUAUCACCAUAACUAGCCUAUUAGCUAGUCAUGAAUCAGGAUCUUCAAAGGAAUGGGAAAGCAUAAAGAAUUCUCUUGGCACGAAGUUUGCUACAAAACCCGCCUUGGAAGAGAUGAGGGGUAUACUAAACCUUAGCUACACGCAUCUUCCUAUUCAUCUUCGACCAUGUUUUUUGUAUCUUGGCAUGUAUCCAGAAGACCGUUUGAUCAUUCGGGAUGACCUUGUUCGACAAUGGAUAGCCGAAGGAUUUGUUUGUAGUUUGCACGGAGCUGAUUUGGAAGACGUUGCCAAGAGUUAUUUCAUUGAACUUAUCAAUAGAGGUCUGAUUCAGCCUGAAGAAACAUGCUAUGGGGAUGUAAUAACAUGCAGACUACACGAUAUGAUGCUUGAUCUUAUCCUAAGCAAGAGUACAGAGGAUAAUUUCAUCAGUGUGGCAUAUAAGUAUGAAGACAUGACAAGAUUUAAUAGCUGUGAGUACAAAGUUCGUCGAUUAUCCCUCCAAUCGAGCGUUGGUGGUGCAUUGUCGAAGACCCUUGCUACUAGCAUGUCACAAGUCCGGUCAUAUACACAGUUCGGACAGUCCAAUUACAUGCUUCCUCUUCCACAAUUUAAGUAUUUGAAGGUUUCAGCCCUGUCCGCAGAAGUAACACUCCCUGCAAAAAUUCAAGGGUUUGUGCAUUUGGAAACUCUUGAGUUACAUUGCCGGCCCAUACAAAGGUUCCCAUCGGAUAUCACUCGCUUGCCCAACUUGUUUCAUUUGAUACUUCCAGAAUGCACAUUGCUUCCUGAAGGGAUCCAGAGCAUGAAAUCACUUCGCACCCUGCAUUGUUCGGACAUGUCAGAGAGUUCCCUGAAGGAAAUCAUAGGCCUUAGCGAGCUGACCAAUCUGAAGGAGUUGAAGUUACGCGUGCCCACUUACUUCCCAGGCAUGACGAUCGAGUGUUUCGAUGCCUUGCUCUCCUCCAUUGGAAUGCUUCGUGACCUCAAGCACCUCUCCCUUGAGUGCUGGCAUAAAUAUGAUGGCUAUGACAGCCAGCCAGACUCACUGUCUGACCCUCCACCAUAUCUUCAGACAAUCCAUUUCGAAGGUAUGUCGUUUGGUGUAGUUCCCAAAUGGAUUGGUGAGUUGCGCUGCCUCCGGAUCCUCUCUCUGCGCGUCAUGUACCUGCCGGGUGACAGGGUUCGUGCUCUGGGAAAGCUUCCGUCCCUUGUCUUUGCCAGAUUCUACGUCUCGGAUGUCUCCCAAGACAAGGUCGUGGUCCGCACGGGGUUGUUCCCAGUUCUGGAGUGCUUUGAUUUCCGGUCCGAUGAAGAUGUCACCGCGAACCUGAGCUUCGAGCCAGGGGCUAUGCCCAAGCUGCGAAGGCUCGCUUUGGCAUUCGACUGGCAGGAGUGGAGAGGCGCCACACCAACUGGCAUGGAGGGCCUGCCCUGCCUCCAGGACAUCGGCUUGAGUGUUACAACUGUUUCAAGCAAUAAUAAUUUGAAACGUAUAUAUGAGGCUAUGGAGUCUGCAUUCAAGGACGCCGCACGGGUGCACCCAAGACAUCCCUCUGUUACAUUUUUUUAG